GACUAACCACUUAUAGCCGACUUCGCUAUAUUCUCUCGUCGGCCAUUGUAGCGUCUUCCUUAUCCCUCAAGUGCCGGAGCCCCACAUUUCGCUUUCCGACCAAUUCCGUAUUUCCGUCGAGUUUUCUGAUUUGUCUGGAACUGAUAUUACCAGACGCUUUAACUCUUUUUAGCGCAGAGACAAACAGAUAAAAACGGUUGCCUGAUCAUUCCGUUGGUUGUUCAGCAAAGCCGCUGAAAUAGUUACAAUUUUACUGUUUUUUUUUUUGUUAUAAAACCCUAUGGAAUCGAAGUCGCAGUCAAGGUUCAGUCUCGGGAGGCAAUCGUCGCUGGCGCCGGAGAGAGACGCCGUCGGCGGGGGAGAUGAAGUUGAGGAAGGCAUUGAUUCGGGGAUAAGGCUAAUGUAUUCAGCGAAUGAAGGGGAUUUGGAGGGAAUGAAGGAGCUCUUGGAGUCCGGAACCAUUGUGAAUUUCCGCGACAUCGACGGCCGGACUGCGUUGCACGUGGCCGCCUGCCAGGGCCAUCCGGAUGUGGUGGAGCUGCUGCUCGGUAAUGGCGCCGAGGUCAAUGUUGAGGAUCGCUGGGGCAGCACGCCUCUUGCAGAUGCGAUACACUACCAAAAUAAUGAUGUUGUCAAGCUUCUGGAGGCACAUGGAGCAAAACUUCCAAUGGCUCCCAUGCAUGUCCAAAAUGCUCGUGAAAUUCCAGAGUAUGAAAUUGAUCCAAAGGAGCUUGAUUUCAGUAAUAGUGUGGACAUAACAAAGGGUACAUUUUGCAUUGCUUCAUGGCGUGGAACUCAGGUUGCUGUUAAGAGAUUUGGUGAGGCGCUGUUCACGGAUGAAGAAAAAGUACAAGCAUUUAGGGAUGAGCUUGCAUUACUGCAGAAGAUACGUCACCCAAAUGUUGUCCAAUUUCUUGGUGCUGUUACUCAGAGUAGUCCAAUGAUGAUAGUUACAGAAUAUCUACCCAAGGGAGAUCUUCGUGCAUUCUUGAAGCGAAAAGGCGCAUUGAAGCCAAUAAUGGCUGUGAAGUUUGCACUGGAUAUUGCAAGAGGAAUGAACUACUUGCAUGAACAUAAGCCUGAAGCAAUAAUUCAUAGAGAUCUGGAGCCUUCAAAUAUACUACGGGAUGAUUCUGGACAUCUAAAGGUUGCUGAUUUUGGACUAAGCAAACUUAUGAGAUUUACAAAAUCAAUAAAAGAAGAUAAACCUUUGACAAGCCAGGAGACUUCAUGGCGAUAUGUAGCUCCAGAAGUUCUUAAGAAUGAGGAAUAUGAUACCAUGGUUGAUGUUUUCUCGUUUGCACUAAUUCUACAGGAGAUGAUUGAAGGAUGCCCCCCUUUUCCAACAAAGCAAGAAAUUGAUGUUGCCAAAGCAUAUGCUGCCAAUGAACGUCCACCCUUUAGGGCUCCUGUGAAGCUAUAUGCUCAUGGACUCAGAGAAUUAAUUGAAGACUGUUGGAGUGAGAACCCCGCUAGAAGACCAACUUUCAGGCUAAUAAUUUCCAAGUUGGAAGAAAUCAAUCAAAUUCUUACUCGUGCAAGACGUUGGAAGGUGAGGACACUCAAAUGUUUCCAGAAUCUCGAGGCCAUCCUGAAGAUUGAUCAUUCUAAUUCAAAAAGCCGGUCAUCUCGCUCAACCCUUUACAAUUAGUAGAUAUUGCAGGAACAUUACAUUAUGGCAUAUGCGGUGCAGUGUUGAAUCGCUUUAGUCUUUACAUACAGCAAAAAUUCUACAGGUGUUUCUUGUUGUGAAUUAUUUCCCCGAUUCUUUUAAACAUGAAACAGCGUGCAUUAAUAUGUUGUGAAUCUUUGUGCAAGGACCGAACAUAUAUAUACCCUGUAUAGCUAUUGUGAAUCUUUGUGAAACGACUGAAUUUUGUACCCAUUAAAUGUAUAGCUAUAUUGUUUCUAA